AUGCUCAUUGAACGCUCCAAGACACCGAUGUUUAUUGUUUCGUUCUUGAGCGAGUUAGAGACGUUGACGCCGGCGGGGACGUAUGGGCUGUAUCUCGGGUUCAGCACGGUGUUCUUCAUCUUUAUCAUCUUCUUCUACCCGGAAACGAAACAACUGUCGAUUGACGAAACCUCUAUGCUGUUUGAAGACGACUGGGGGGUUGCGCGUUCCCGUCGGAUGCGCCGCGAACGCGAUGAAACGCGCAGGAGGUUUGCGGAUGCGGAGAUGGCAGAGGUUGCAGAAGCUACUCUGGAAGCAAGGCAGGAUAAGCAUAGAGGGAUUAGCGCUUCAGAGUUGAAGGACUUUAUGAGCGGCUUGAAGAAUGGGAGAAAGUAG